GCACUGCCUCACAGAACUCCCUCAGAGCCACUUUCAGCAAAGUAAGCUGCUGCUGAGUGGGCCCAGGCCUGCCCCGAGGAGCCUGUAGUUUUAGAAAUGAGUCCAACAGCUAUAGCAGACACCACCCAGGAUGAAAACCUAUACAGCAAUUAUUACCUGUCUGAGUUUAUCCCUGAGCCUUGCACCAAAGAAGGCAUCAAGGCCUUUGGGAAGCUCUUCCUGCCCCCUCUUUACUCCUUGGUCUUUCUCUUCGGUCUGAUUGGAAAUUCAGUAGUAGUUCUGGUCCUGUUCAAGUACAAGCGACUCAAGUCCAUGACUGACGUGUACCUGCUUAACCUUGCCAUCUCCGAUCUACUCUUCGUGUUCUCCCUCCCUUUCUGGGGUUACUACGCUGCUGACCAGUGGGUGUUUGGCCUGGGUCUGUGCAAGAUCAUCUCCUGGAUGUACUUGGUGGGCUUUUACAGCGGCAUAUUCUUCGUCAUGCUCAUGAGCAUUGAUAGGUAUCUGGCCAUUGUGCACGCAGUAUUUUCUUUGAGAGCGAGAACCUUGACUUACGGGGUCAUCACCAGCAUGGUCACGUGGUCAGUGGCUGUCUUAGCCUCACUCCCAGGACUUGUAUUUAGCACUUGUUAUACAGAGCACAACCACACCUAUUGCAAAACCAGAUACUCUCUCAACUCCACCACGUGGAAGGUCCUGAGCUCCCUGGAGAUCAACGUUCUCGGGUUGGUGCUCCCCUUGGGGAUCAUGCUGUUUUGCUACUCCAAGAUCAUCAGGACCCUGAAGCACUGUAAGAAUGAGAAGAAGAACAAAGCAAUGAAGAUGAUUUUUGCUGUGGUGGUCCUGUUCCUUGUAUUCUGGACCCCUUACAACAUAGUGCUCUUCCUGGAGAGCCUGGUGGAGCUCGAAGUCCUUCAGGGCUGCACCUUUGAAAGACGCCUUGACUAUGGCAUUCAGGCCACAGAAACCCUGGCUUUUGUUCACUGUUGCCUUAACCCAGUCAUCUAUUUUUUUCUGGGGGAGAAAUUUCGGAAGUACAUCAUACAGCUCUUCAAAACUUGCAGGGGCCCAUUUGCACUCUGUCAAUACUGUGGGCUCCUCCAGGUUUACUCUGCUGACACCACCAGCUCAUCUUACACACAGUCCACUGUGGAUCAUGACCUCCAUGAUGCCCUGUAACCAAGGAAAACACAAAACCCAGAGUUCAAGAACUUCCCAAAUGAAGUGAUUACUUCAAAUGGUAUUUUAGUUAAAGUCCCUGAACGAUCAUCGGGAAGACUUGCAUCCGCAGUGGAAAGCUGGCUUC